UCUCUCUCGUGCGAGAAGGAGCGUCAGCACAGACGGGGAAGCGAAAGAGUUCAAGAGACAGAAAUCAAAAAGAAGAAGAAGAAAAAGAAGAAGAAGAAGAAAAAGAAACAUACUUUAAUAAAAAAAAACUCUCCUGUCGUUGCUUUCAUCAGAGCUUGGUUUGUCACACGACUGACAAAAGAGGGGAUGAUGAAAACGUCUGGAUUACGGUUCUGCUGAAUGAGACGUUGACUUUGACAGCUACUGAACAUUGCAGACUCCAGCUCUGAUUGGAUGCUUAUGUCAGAAUGACAGCAGAAGACUCCGCCUCUGCCGUCGCCAUGAGUAACUCUAGCCCAUCCUCCAAACCAAACCCUGCCAACAAUCAUGCAAUCCUCCAUGGAUCCAUUCCCGAUGGUGUUGCUGGAGCCCCCAACGAAGCAGCCCUUUUGGCUUUGAUGGAGCGCACAGGAUACAAGAUGGUUCAAGAGAACGGACAACGCAAAUACGGCCCACCCCCCGGGUGGCAAGGACAGUCCCCUCCACGUGGCUGUGAGAUCUUUGUGGGCAAGAUCCCUCGUGACGUUUAUGAAGAUGAGUUGGUGCCGGUGUUUGAGUCAGUGGGCAGGAUCUAUGAGAUGCGCCUGAUGAUGGACUUUGAUGGCAAAAACCGUGGCUAUGCCUUUGUCAUGUACACACAGAAACAUGAGGCUAAACGUGCCGUGAGGGAGCUAAACAACUACGAGGUGCGCCCUGGACGAUUGCUGGGAGUCUGCUCAAGUGUAGACAACUGCCGCCUGUUUAUUGGUGGAAUCCCCAAAACCAAGAAGCGAGAGGAGAUUCUGGAGGAAGUCUCCAAAGUGACAGAAGGUGUGCUGGAUGUGAUUGUAUAUGCGAGUGCUGCAGACAAAAUGAAGAAUCGUGGCUUUGCUUUCGUAGAGUAUGAGUCCCAUCGUGCAGCUGCCAUGGCUAGGAGGAAACUCAUGCCUGGACGCAUUCAGCUCUGGGGUCACCAAAUUGCCGUCGACUGGGCAGAACCAGAAAUUGACGUUGAUGAGGACAUCAUGGAAACAGUGAAGAUCCUCUAUGUGCGCAAUUUGAUGAUUGAGACCAGCGAGGAGACCCUUCGCAAGAUCUUCAGCCAGUUCAACCCGGGUUGCGUCGAACGAGUAAAGAAGAUCCGCGACUAUGCUUUCGUGCACUUUACUGGCCGGGACGAUGCUGUGGUGGCUAUGGAUCACCUGAACGGUACAGAAAUUGAGGGCUCAUGCAUUGAGGUGACGUUGGCCAAGCCUGUAGACAAGGAGCAGUACACUCGCUACCAGAAAGCAUCCAAGGGAUCCGUGACCAGUAGUGAAAGUACUCAGCAAAAUUAUGUGUAUCAAUGUGAUCCCUACACCCUUGCCUACUACAGCUAUCCUUACAACACUCUCAUUGGACCCAACAGAGACUACUUCAUCAAAGCAGGUACUGUACGAGGCCGUGGCCGUGCUGGAGCCGCUAACAGAGGCCCAGGGCCCCGUGGCUCGUACCUUGGUGGCUAUUCCGCCGGUCGAGGCAUUUACAGCCGCUACCAUGAAGGAAAGUCCAAGGUCCCGGAAAAACCAUAUGAGCUCAUGCCCAGUCUGGAUCUUGCAGCUGUUAAUACAGUGGGCAUUAAGCCUGGCACAAGUCAGUUGACUCUGCCAGCCCUCGGUGCGCAGUACCCCACUAUGUUCUCUGCUGCACCUGCUGCUACUAAACUGGUGGAGGAAGGAAAAAUGCACCCAGUGGAGCAUUUGAUCAACCCCCUCGCUCUUCAGCACGAUCACUCUGCUGCUCCCUCGACCGCUGCCGUCAUUCCUGCCGUCUCGACACCUCCGCCCUAUCAGGGCCGUCCUAUCACUCCUGUGUACGCCGUGGCUCACAAUAUCCAGAGGAUCCCUGCUGCGGCUGCUGGUCUGUACGGUGCGAGCUACAUGCCCUUUGCUGCUCACACCAACUCAGCCGCCCUGGCAGCGCUGCAGAAGAAUGCAGCAGUGGCAGCUGCUACGUAUGGAGGUUAUGCUGGCUACAUACCCCAAACUUUCCCCACUGCCACCUUCCAAGUGCCUAUCCACGAUGUGUACCAGACCUACUGAGACGCAUCAUGCCUUUCACCCGAGACACAGUGCAACAUCUAUGAAGGCUACUGACUGAUCAAAAUCCCCCAAAACAUACACACACACACACACACACACACACACACACACACACACACACACACACGUAUAUGUAUAUAUAUAUAUAUGUUGUAUACAUACAUAUAUACAAGGGUAACACUUUCUAUGAAACUCUAAUAAUGUCUCAUAAAGCUCUAAUAAUGUUCUAUGCAUAAUAUAUUGACAGCAUGAUAAUUCUAAGAAACGGCAUGCACAUAAUCCUAAAGGAAAUGUAUUUUUUUUCCUCACCAUAAAAACAUGUAAAAUGUCCUCAAUGGCUGCAUCCCAGUUGAUGUACACACUAUGCACUUACACUAUGCACUAUGUACUCUAACAUCUACUGAUAAAUUUUAGUAGGGUCAUAUCAUGUCAAAUGGAGCUGGAAGCAUAAGCCAUUUCCCAGUUGACAGUAAAUAAUGUCAAUGUACUAAGUGGAUUGGCUAAGAUAAAUUGCCCCUAGAUAUUUGAGUGGUUAAUGUGUGUGUGUGUGUGUGUGUGUGUGUGUGUGUGUGUGUGUGUGUGUGUGUGUGUGUGUGUGUGUGUGUGUGUGUGUGUGUGUGUGUGUGUCUGCAGGGUGUGUGUAGAUAGACUCCGGAUAUGCCGCGGAUAAAGCGGUUACUGAAGAUGAACCAGACAAACAUUAUUAGAGCGUUAUGAUGCAUUGUUGGCAUUUUGUACUGUACAAAACAAACAUAGAAAAGUGUGACCAAAUACAACGCCCUAUGGACUGUUGUGUAUUUUAAUACUGGUAAAGAUUGUGUCUCAGAUGCACAAGAUCUUGAGAUCUUCCAAACCUGAUGAAUGGAGACUAGAUGUCUAUUAGGAAAUGCACCGAUCCUGACUCACUUAACACUGACUGUAGAACUACUACCUAAGACGCCUGAUUGAAUCUCCAUGGACCAGCAGCUAACUGACAUGGAUCACAUGGAAAGCACCAGUUGUGGCCUGCUGAUAUCAGUGUGUGUGCUACUUGUUUUCGAAGAGAAAACCUUAAUCCUUAUUACAUGUCUACUGAUGCAGUCUCAUCUCAAGCUCCAUGUCCCGCCUUCUUGGACAAGAGUCACCUGUCAGUCAAAGAUGCAAGGUGACUAUUUAUAGGGCUGACUUAAAGUGCCUUAAGCUAAUGCAUUACAUCAUAAAACACAACCAUCACUCAUUUAUUACAACCAACCAAUGGCCGACUGAUUCUGAUUCUGUGUGCCUUAAGCACCAAGUGCUAGGAUGUAGCUUGUCCAGCCGUUUAAUAUGCAGGAUAAAAGGAAAAUGUGUACACAAGAGAAGCAUUAUAUUGCUGUGAGAGUCCUUUAACGCAAAGAAUUUAAGACCUCCGAAGCACUUAAGUCAGCAAAACUGCAUCAUUAAACUCACCAUCCUUUCUAAAUUCUACUUUACUGAACUCUUUACAUCCAGAACCUUCUGGAACCUUCGUCCUGUCUCUGUGGCUGUGAAGAAUACCGAAGGAAGAAUUUCUGUUUGCUCCCAACACGAAAUACAGCAUGUUUGCAAAUUUCUGUAAAAGAAAAAAAAGAAAAAGAGAAAAAAGAUUAAAAUAGAGAAACAUAAGGAAAAAAAACAUGCAAAACUGCUGAGCAGGGACCUAAGUGACCACUGAAGGAUAAUUUUAUAGACAUGUUUUGAUGUUUGAACACACAAAUGGGAUUCCAAGUGUGUGUGUUUUAUUUUUAUUUUAUUUUAUUUUAUUUUAUUAUUAGUAUUUUUUUUUUGCUGUUUCAUAUCCUAACCACUAGGUUGCCUGAGUAAUAAUAAUAAUAAUAAUAUCUGACUAAUACUUGUAGAUCGUUUUGCCUGAUAUUUUUCUUUCCUUUAACUUUAUUGUUGGUGGCACAUUUUACUUAACUGUCAUUUGAAGGUUUUCAGAUUUCAGAUUUUAUAUUGUGAUUUGAGAAUUUGAGAGCUGUUUGUUUUUAUAAAUCCUAAAGUUGGAGACGAAGACAAAAUAACUUAAAAAUAAAAACGCAACACGGGAACAGAGAGGAUUUCAAGCCACCAUGUGGAAGUACACAUACACUCCAUAGCCUUAAUAUAAUAAAUUUAAUCUCUUAGAAACAAACUGCAAUACCUCCUUAUAUACAAAUAUUUUAAAAACUCCUCUUAGUCCAGAUGAAGGCUUUUAUUUGUAGGGCUGAUUUGCUGUGUUGGAUUUGCAGGGUGGCUUUUUUGUGAAAUAUAAAAAUGAGACUGAAGAACAGUAACUGUUCAGAUCGAGCAGCACACACUUGUUAGAGAUAAAUAUGCAAAACUCCUGAUAAAAAACUGAUUACUACAAGGCUGCUCGCCAUGAAGUAAGCUUCUUGAAAUCUAUUUCCUGGACACUUUGCUCGUGGUACAGGAACCUGAACAUGGAGGUGACUGAUAUUACAGUGUCCUUUAGUCUCUCCUUCAUAGACACACUGGUGUCAUUUGUGACAUGUAUCUUUUGGCAAAUUUAUUUUUUCCACCUGUUCCUGAUAAAAAUAUUACAUUUGAGACCAUGUAUUAUACAUGGCAUUCUAUGACAUAUUAACUUGUGUUCUCAAGUUACCUCAAUAUAUCAUCCCAUGGCCUUUCUUAUGAAAAAAAGAAAGAAUAAUAAUAACCACCAUGUCAUGUCAGAGGCUUUGUAUUUCCCUGCCUAUGUUCCCGGAACAUUAACUUGAGUCAGUGCCCAGUUUAGCAGAACUACUUGUGUUUUUUUGUGUAUGUAUGACAGAUAUUCUUUUUGUAUUUCCUAAAAUGAACAAACAUGUACAAGGGCUUUUCUUCAUAAUGUACAUUUUUUGUUUCAUAAAUAUUAUUACAUGCAUUCAUAUUGUUUCAGUCAAAAUCCACCACCCUGGAAUGGAUGGGACUAGAUACAAUAUCAUACCUUUAAACCACUCCAGACUCCCUGACUCCAUCCAUCCAUCCAUCCAUCCAUCCAAACAAUCACAAUGCUACCACCACCAUGCUUUACUUGAUGGUAUGCAAAGCAUCCUCAUUCUGUCUGUAAAGAUUUGUAAACGGCCAAGUGCUAGAAUUCUGUCUGUCAGUUCAAAGUGCUUGUACACUCCAUGACUCAAAAGGGAAUCAAGAUUCCAGCAUACAAGUGGACAAGACUGAAGUCCAACAGUAUCAACUGUUGCUCAGUUUGAGCUUAUCGUUAGUUAUUGGAUGAGAAUAAGAAAUUCUUAGUGAUUACAGCAGCAGUGUUUUAACAAGACAUCUUGAUAGUUGUUAUAUUCAAAGUGUUCUUACAGUGACGUUCAGGUGGUUUUUGGCUCUACCCCAAGUGUUUGGGAUAUUCUCUAAGAUAAUGAAUGUUAAGAAUUUAUCCAGCAAUCGUCUUUGUUUUAAUAGAAACCUUUUGGAUUUAUUGAUGUCUGGCCUUUGACUGAACUAUUCUAACACAGUUAGGAUCACUCCGCUGUAACAUUUUACCAGGAUGCUUAGGUUCAUUGUUUUCCUAAAUGAUGAAAAGAAUCGCUGCAUCCCAGUGCUACCACCACCAAUGCUUCAAUGAUGCAAUGCACAAUGUUUGGUUUCCUCUAGACAUAAAGUACAAGUUUAAAGUCGCCAGAGCCGAGAACCUUGCUCUACAUCUUAGCUUAGUCUCCAACAUGCUACUUAGAUAACUCUUUGAUAUCUUUUUGAUGACUCUAUUUUGAGGUAUUAGUGCCUUGAUCAAUUAUUAGAACACCGGUAAAGCAUAAAAUGUGUAUUUGUGUGAACAUCAAGAGGCCACCUUGUCUAUUUAUAACAACCGUGUUACAUCAUUAACACACACAACGUCACAACUCUCUCUACCAUAUUAAGGGUGAAGGAUUUCCUCGUCUUUUUUUAUGUCAAGCUGUUUUUUUGCUUUUAGCUUAUUAUUAUUUUGACAGAUUGUGUUUUAUUAAGUUUAACUAUGUUGUUAAGACUGAGUCACACUGGUGAUGCAACAAUCCCUGCAUACACACACACACACACACACACACACACACACACACACACACACACACACACACACACACACACACACACACACACACA